CCUGAAAUAAACAUUUUAAAGUUCAUAUAAAGCAGGGAUUUGUUCACGAAAAGGCCUCGAGUUGGAUAUUCCAUUGGGCGCUGGACUGCAAUCAAAGAAAGAAAUAUAAAACAUUAUUAGCAAUAUUAUAAGGGUUCUUCACGUCGAGUGAUUACGAACGCUUUGCAAAUCUUUAAAAAGAACCGAAACUAUCACUAAGGACUACUGAAGUUUAAACUGUAUUCGUAAGUAAUAGUGAAAACUUGUAUCUUCAUCGGAAUAAAGGAAGCUUUUUUCAAUAUGUUUUAUUUUUUAUUAUUCAUUUCAUGGAUUGUCUCUGCACAGCUAACACCAAUCAGAGAAGAAAUAUUUGAUUCAAGCAAACCGCACAGACUACAAUGGACAUUCUCACCAUCAAAAACUUGGAAGGAAACACAAAUGCAGCUUGGAAAGGACUAUACACACUCUGUCUACCAAGCUUGUAACCCAGAAUUGAAUAAGGAUCACAAAACACUAUGGACCAACUGGAUCCCCAAACAAGAUGCCCAUGAACUUUUUCUGGACCUAAGUUUUGCCCAAGCGGACCAGGAGCCUCUUCAUAUCUAUGUGCGAGAAUCGAGCCAAACGCAGAAUCAGUACUUUAGAAGACCACAAAGACCACCUCUUCUCAAGAUCACAGUCCAGCAUCCAUUUCCUGAUGCUGUUCCUCAGGAUGAGCACCUGAGCCAUGCCGAGGGCCUUAAAUUGGGAAAGAUCUCUCAGAAGGGUUUUUACCUGGGAUUUAGCUACAGCGGCAAGUGCGCUUUCAUUGCUUCGAUCCAGGUGUUCUUCCUGAAAUGCCCAACACUCGUUUGGAACCAAAUGGAAUUUGAGGAAACAGCAGCAGGAGGGAUGGGGAGAGGAGUUUGUGUUAACGGUUCUGUGGCGAUCAGCACCCCGAUGAGGGAAUGUAAAGCAAAUGGGACGUGGGGUCCACCGCAGGGGUUAUGUGUCUGUGAUACAGGAUACCAGACAGACGGAAACAGUUCACAAGUAAGACCUCCAGGCACCCUGUUGUCCGCUUCUGACUCCGUAGCUGAUUCCAGCCUGGGACACUCUCCUGUCCUAACUGCUGGUCUAGUGUGUUCUGUUCUGGUUCUUCUCAUUCUCAUUGCUGUUGUGUUCAUCUUUGUAAGGCGUCACAAGCUCAGUGGAGGUCAAGAAACAGAGCUCUCAUCCAGAUCUGGUGUGACUCGAUAUCGACGUUCUCAAGAACAAGUAUACACUGCUCAACCGGAGCUAAUCAUCACUUGUAUGAUGAGCAGCUGUGAUCAGAGUGGUGAAUGUAGACCUUGUCCAACACUUGGAGAGGAAGUGUCUCAGCGAGACUAUGGCUAUGAACAGCUGCAUACUGACCGACCUCAGCUGGAAUCCACAAGAUCAGUUGAGGUGUUGGAAGGAAUGAGUGAUCGGCUGCUGUGUGAUCUUAGAGACGUGAUGGUGGAACGUACAAAGUUGACAAUGGGCCAAAAGCUUGGGAAAGGGGUCGCACUAGAGCGGGUUCCGGAGUCCUCCAUCCAUGUACCGCUUGUUAUUCUUCCGUUCAUGGAGCAUGGAGAUCUACACAGCUUCCUCAAAGCGACCCGCUACGGUGAUGUUCCCAUGUUUGUGCCUUAUCAGAGUCUUCUGGGUUUCAUGAUUGACAUUGCUGCAGGAAUGGAGUAUCUCAGCCUUCAGGGUUUCUUGCACAGAGACCUGGCUGCCCGCAAUUGCAUGUUGGGGGAUGAUCUGCAUGUCUGUGUGGCUGACUUUGGCCUGUCUAAGAACAUCUAUUCCAGUAACUACUAUAGGCAGAAGAAUAUGGACGUUAACAUGCCUGUAAGGUGGAUGGCUAUAGAGAGUCUGUCUGACUUCUUAUACACCACCAAGAGUGAUGUGUGGUCUUUUGGAAUAACCAUGUGGGAGAUCACAUCCAGAGGGAAGAUGCCUUAUCCAGGUAUCUCUGGUCAUGAGCUCCUGGACUUCCUGGAAAAUGGACACCGUCUCAAACAAGGGGACAAUGACAGUAAAUUAUAUGAGCUUAUGUUGAGCUGCUGGCACGGAGAUCCCUCUCAGAGGCCAGGAUUUGGAGAGCUGGGCCAGAGCCUCAAAGCACUUCUGUCUGAGCUUCCACCCCUGGAGGCCAGCAAUGAGGCCCACUACAUCAACCUGGGUCUGCAGGCAGCCAGUGAUCACCAGGACAGCGCAGAGGCCCUGGAGCCUGAGGUGGAGAGGAUGAUGUAAACGACAUAUACCUGCCUGAACCAGCGGGCAGCUUUGUUCUUUUCUAGACCCGUGAGGGAAGAGAAGGAAGACCUGCUGUGCAUUACAAUUUAAUAUGAGAAUGUAGUCCACAAUAUGCAUUUAUUAACACAUGCUUCAAGUAUUAUGGUGAGAUUACGGUUUCAGAAAUGACAUAAAAGUCCACAUUGCUAGAAGUACAUAUGAGAAUUCAUAUUUAUCAGAACAUAUACUACAUAUUUCUCAAAACAUAUAAUAUUGUGAUUCAUAUUUAAAUUUUUCUACUUUUUUUUACACUG